CGAGUCGACAACUGAAUGGACGGUCUCAGUGGUCCUGCCUCUCUGGGACUGAUUGCCAAAUCACACGGCCCUCGUCAGCUUGGCGCUGACCGUGAGAAAUCCAAGUCACAGUUUGAACCGGGGAGCGCCCACAGAAAAAGCAAAGACAUGUCGGGAGUUCUCCGUGGGCCGUUUGGCUGCCGCUUGUCCGUGAUGCAGUCUUUAAUGCAAAAGGCGAACAUUCACGUGAAACCGCCAAAAGAGAAAAUCGGCCCUUUGAAGACAGUUCUGUGUCUGUCGGUUUUCGCAUUGAGCCUGUUUGGACCAGCGGGUUGGAUUCUGCAUCGCCUGCCGGAAUACCGUAAAAGAAAUUAAAAGGAACAGGGAGGUUUUGUGGUCGACUGCAUUCAGACCCCGGUUAUAUUUAGAAUCUGAGGUUGAAAGAACAUCUCGGGGAUAACAAUGUGCUCUCUGUUGCUGUAGUCUUUAUCCCAGCUGUCUCCCGUGCUUUACAACGCGGGGAAGCGUUCCUUGCUGUUUCUGCAUUUUAAAUAAAAGCAUCCGUCAAGAGCUACGACAACCUUAGUCAGCCUUG